AUGGUUGCAGGAGACGUUAAAGAAGCGUUUGCUGAGAGCGAGUCUAUUCGCGUACGUGGACAGUUCAAUGUUGCCGAUGAAGGUGCGAUGCUGCUGAGUAGUGGUUACGGAGAAGAUUUCCACGAAAAGCUUUUCGAUCAAUUGCCUUCUCUACGAAUCGCCAAGGAGUACCUACGACGGAAGCUCGCCGCCGAACGAGAAGUACUAGCACGUCGGAAUGAAAGAUCGUGA